AUGCGCUGGAAUUCUGACGCUGAGCGCCGUUCCUACCGGGCCAAGACUAAGUCGGGCUGUUUGACAUGCAAACGGAUCAAAUGCGACGAAGCCAGGCCAAACUGUUUAAGAUGCUCUUCGACCGGACGCAAGUGUGAUGGCUACGAGGAAACAGGUCUACAGUCUCGUCUCGGAUAUAAUCGCCUGCAACUUCCAUCCUGUCGGCCCCCGCUUUUCGGACUUUCAGAAGACGAACGAGAGACCCGGUCGUUUCAAUACUUUUAUGAGAGAACGGUCUCAUCUCUAGCAGGCUAUGGUGGCUCAGAGUUCUGGGACCACCUCGUCUUGCAAGUCAGCCAGCAUGAAAAGUCCGUAUGGCACGCCUUGGUCGCUCUAGGAGCGCUGCAUGAGAAGUUUGAGAGCCGCCAGGAAAUUGCAUCCUUGGGGCUCCUUCAGAGUAGACAAGAUAAUUUCGCUAUACAAGAAUAUGUGGCCGCAAUAAGAGCUCUUCUGGCCUCCUCAACCCCAUCUUUGCCCAACACUUAUAUACACACUUCUACGGAAACGACUAGCAACAUAACCGUGGAUGUGUGCUUGAUCUCGUGUAUUCUUUUUGUUUGCUUCGAGACCCUCUCCGGCCAUUACGUGUCCGCUAUCAAUCAUGUUCGCAGUGGCAUGAGGAUCCUGGGAGAAGUACGCCAUGAUCCUAGCUCUGGCACUUAUCGCCAUCCUGCCCUGAAACCGUCUACCGUGACCAUGCUGGAAAUGGAAACUCUACAUAAAAUGUUCACCCGUCUUCAAAUUCAAAUAUUUGUUUUGACCCGUGUAGACACAGAUCACCCUACUUUUGAGAUCAUCGAAAGGAAUCAGCCGUAUAAUAUUCAAAUAGAAGUCCCAGAAAAAUUUAACUCUCUCGCAGAGGCGCGCGACUUUCUCGAACACAACAGUCGACUAUGUUCAACUAUAUACGCCAAGGCUAUCAAAUCAGCGUCCCCGGACCAGGUACAAGGCGUGUCCACUUAUCUAACGCAGCAGUAUGCGUCGGUUUUUAACAAAUGGAGGGCAGCUCUAGAUCUGUUUGAGCAGUCCCGCGGGACGUACCUUACAGCUAAAGAACGUGUAGGUUUGAAAAUCUUGCGCAUACAUCAAUAUGGUCUCGUUUUAUUGUUAGCGAAUGGUCAAUCUGGAGGGAGUGACUCCUUUGAUUGGGAUGAAUACAAUCCCUUAUUUGCAGAGAUCUUAUCACUGUCUGCGUCAGUCGCCCAGGUUACAUUAGACAAUGAGUCUCCGUCCGAUUCCUCGCAUAUUCCGCAAAUGCGAGAUGAGAAUGGUCCCAAGCCGACUUUCACCCUAGACAAUUGCAUUAUUGGGCCACUUUACAAUGUUGCCACUCUUUGCCGUGAUCCAAUCAUUCGUCGCAAGGCUGUUCAUGUUCUCCGUUCAGCAUGUCGCCAGGAAGGUGUCUAUAAUAGCCACGUGACGGCAAUCGCAGCUGAGAAGGUCAUAGCGAUAGAAGAAGCUGCUGCUGUCAAGCUUGGCCUCGAUUAUCGUGAUGAUGUCUCGUCUUUGACUUCAAUUGUUACAGAAACGAGACAAGAGGGUGGCUAUUCGAUUGGGACAUCCACAGAAGUACCCCAGAGUGUUCGUCUAACAUAUGCUUACCCGAAAUUCGACACCACCAAUCGGAAGAUUUUCUUAACGAUUGGGCAAGAAAUGGAAAAGACGAAGAUGCAUCUGAAUCUCCCAUUUCCGGCGGUCACAGCCCUGGUAGACACGGAAUUUGCUUCCAUUUCAUGA